GUGAUAGUAUCGAUAGACGUGGAAUAAAUUCGACAGUCGCCAUGUUACACUUGAGGUUUAAUACCAUGUUUGUGAAGAAGGAAUUGUUGGGAAAGAGAUGAAACAAUUCUCAAUAAAUACCCGGUACGGUAUCUAACCAUGGACCCUCACCGUAGCGCCCAGGAUGUGUUACGGUGUGAUCUCUGUGAGACAUCUGUUCCCCCUAUGUACUGCGACAUUUGCCACAUUCAUCUGUGUAAAGCAUGUGUGGGAGAACAUCUCUCCGAGUUUACCAAAGAACACAAAAUUGUACCAUUUGAAAAGCGAAGAUCUACAGCUAAAUGCCCAAAUCAUUCUUCAAAAAUAUGUGAACUUUACUGCGAACAAUGCGACAUUCCAAUUUGCGUGCAGUGCACUUCUUCCACAGAACAUCAAGGUCAUACAUUUGUCUACGUAGUGAAAAUUCGGGAAAAACAGAGGUCAUUAUUACAGAAAGAUUUACAAGAAUUAGAGAAGUUAAUUUUUCCCAAAUAUCAAGAGAUUGCAUCAAACAUUCCGGUUCAAAAAGUUAAUUUUAAUAAAACCUCACAGAAGAUUGCCUCGAAUAUUAGCAAACAUGGAGAAGAAAUGCACAGAGAAAUAGAUGUAAUUAUUAAGAGACUAAAAUCUGAUCUUGAUGAAAUGGACUCCAAAUAUCUGACUGUCCUAAAUAAGCAUGAAGAUGACAUCAAACAUAUGCUGUCUGAUAUCACACAGACAAUUGCAGAUCUGAGAAAAUUGGUAUAUUCCGAUGACGUGGGUCUUGUCUCAGCCUACAAAUCCAGAAAUGCUGAAUUCAGAAGAUUGCCACCUAAACUGACGGUCGUUUUACCAAGCUUUUCUCCUCAGAGAAUUGACAAACAUCAACUGUUUGAACACUUUGGCUCUCUAUCAGAAUUAUCUAUUGAAACAGAAGAACACAACUACACACUAGGUACUGAGCACUCUCCGCCAGAGAGGUACCUUAUUGCUGUUCCGCAGAUCGUCACAGAGAUAAACACCGAUUAUAAAUAUGCUGCAACUGUGUCCUGUAUGAGUGAUGAGGACAUCUGGAUUCAGGGUAACAGCAAAAUUUUGAGACUGUACAACCUCCAGAGAGGACUACUGAAGGCAAUGAAAACCAAGUCAGGUAACCGUGCAGACGACAUAGCGGUGACAGGAAACGGGGAUCUAGUAUAUACUGAUAAAACAAAUAGAACUGUAAACAAAGUGAAGAAUAAAGAAAUAGAGACAGUGAUCACACUACAGGGAUGGAAACCUUGCGGUGUCUGUAGUACCUCCUCUGGUGAUAUCCUGGUUGCUAUGAGCAAAGAUGAUUGGAAAACACCAUCAAAAGUUGUGCGUUAUUCUGACUUCACUGAGAAACAAAGUAUACAGUAUAAUGAGAAUGGACAAGCUCUCUUUUCAUCAGGCGAUUUUUCUAAAUACAUCAGCGAAAACAGGAAUCUAGAUAUAUGUGUCUCUGAUUGGGGAGCACGUGCAGUAGUGGUGGUCAACCAGGCAGGGAAAUUCCGAUUUACAUACACUGGUCUUCCCUCUUCUACAAAGAACCCAUUCGAUCCAUAUGGCAUCACUACAGACAGCCAAAGUCACAUCCUGAUAGCAGAUCUUGACAACCACUGUAUUCACAUUGUCGAUAGAGACGGUCAGUUCCUCCAAUUUAUUGACAACUGCCAUUUGGAGAAACCUGUAGGUCUUUGUGUAGACACAAGAGACAAUCUCUUUGUGGCUGAUACCAAAACAUGUAAAGUAAAGAAAAUUCAAUAUUACAAGUAAUCGUAGAGUUCACAUUUUAAAAAUGCAUGUUAAAUGACCAGGAAUAUACAAAUUGAAUGAAAAAAAGACAAUGAAUAUGUGUAUGUUUACAACAUGUCAGCACAUACUUAUGCUAAUGUUGUACUAGUAUACUAUACCUUAUGACCAGUCUUGUUGUAAUAACUAAUGUGUUAUCUUGUACUUCUUUUGAUCAAUUAACUAACUAAACUAUCCACCCAUUUACAAUUUAUAUAUUUCUAAUGAACAUAUCGUAUACAAUGAAUAUCAUACUAAAAUAUGAAAGUUUCCAAAAAGUUAUUAAUUGUAUUUAUUACAUAGGUUGUGGUUUUAUGAUUUUAGCCAUACUGUUUUUUCUUUUCGAGUAUGAUGAAAAUAGCGAAGCUGAGUCUAAGUCUAAUUAUUUCUAAACUAAUUACAUGUACUUCGGUGUUCUUUUUUUAACGUGAAGCUCUGAUUUCAUAUCAAUUAUUUUCAAGAAUAAAUUUAACUGAUUUACCUGUUAAUUUUAUAGUACUGCCAAAAAUAGUUCAAUGAAACAACGUUUGAAAAAAUUAGUCAGAAUUUCUUCUGUUUAGCUGAAAGUCCAAUUUUGUUUGAGCCUAAACUCUUUAUGUAAAGAAUGUAAAUGAACUGAAUAAUAAUGUUAAUUUUUUUUCAUUAAUAAGAUUUUUCCGACACGUCUUUAAUAAUCUGAGUAAAAAUUUGAGACUUUUAACUAAUUUCAUUGCUGAAUGAAUUCUUGUGCAUAAAAACUACGGCGUAUCAGGACAAAAAGUCAACAUUGUAAUUUGUUACCUUAAUUUUUAAUCCAAUAAGGUUUUUUUGCCAUAUGCUUCAUUCGGAAAAAAUAGUUAAGGAAAUGCAGUAUCUCUGUAAGUUGCACUUUCAUAACAGAAAGGUCAAUUAAAAUGCUUAAGCUGUUUGUGUAAAUUACUAAAAAUACUUUCACAAAAACCUUAUAGACUUUUUUUAUGCAUGGAACAACCUUCUUAAAUGUGAGUAGUAGUAUUAAUCUACGGACUUCAUAGUAUUGGGUUCACAUAAUUUUUUUUAUCAAACUGGAUGUUGGUAAUUGUACAAUCAAACCUUUAUAAUAAUGAAACCAAAUAUUUUUAUAGGUAUUUUAUGUAUCUAUAUUUUUAUUAAUAUCUUUAUUAUAUAUAUAAAAAUUAUUAAGUUAAAAUGAAUGUAUAUAUAAACAAUCAUUUAGGAAAGAAAUAAUCUAUAUAGUGUAACUUUGGAAUGUUUAUAUUUCGCAUGUUUUAUAUUCUUAUAUCUUCAUACAGAGCUCAACAUUACUUCUUGUACGGGUGUUAGAUAUCGUCCAAAAAUGGCCACGCCAUUAGGUCCUCUUUAAUAAUAAUUCCUCUUUGAAAUAGGAACGUUAAAAUAUUCUUUUGAGUCAACAUUUAACAGUUUUACAUUAAUUAAUUUAAGUUUGAACAUGUCUAUACAAUCUUUUUAAAUCUGACAGUGUGUAAAUCUAAUACAAAAAUCAUACCGUUAAGUGGUUUAUGACUAUUUAUACAAUACCGGUUUGCUACACUGAAUCAUCUUGUUCCUUCUUUCGGUUUCAAUGAAACAAUCAAUAAAACAAUUAAUAAAAUGUUAUUCUACGAAAUCAUCCUGAUUUUGUUUUUAUAUUUCGAUAGGAAUGUACUCAUAUUGUGUAAUCAUGUUGUAAACCAGGAUGUUUACAAGCUCUGCUUUUAUUCAAUUAUUUUUAUCAUAAUAUGAAAGGACAUAAUAAUAUUAUUAUUUGCUAUUUUGAUUCUUCGCCAGGUGUUUGAUUGCCUCCUCGUUGUUCUACCAUCUUUUAAAAUUAAUAAAAAUGA